AUGUUCACCGAAAACAGGUUCAGGCCACGAAUUCUUAGGGAUGUAAGCAAGAUAGAUUUAACAACAAAUGUGUUAGGAUUUGAUAUAUCAAUGCCUAUCAUGAUUCCUCCUACAACUAUGCAAAAGAUGGCUCACCCUGAAGGAGAAUAUGCUACUGCUAGGGCAGCAUCAGAUUCUGGAACAAUCAUGACACUAUCCGCGUGGGCUACUUCCAGUGUUGAUGAGAUUGCUUCAACUGGACCCGGCAUUUGCUUUUUCCAACUCUACGUGCUUAAAGACAGAAAUGUGGUUACUCAGCUUGUGAGAAGGGCUGAAUCUGCCGGUUUCAAGGCAAUUGCGCUUACAGUGGACACUCCAAUUCUUGGUUGCAAGGAAGCUGAUAUUAAAAACAGAUUUACAAUGCCACCACACCUUAUCUUGAAAAACUAUGAAGGAUUGGAUCUUGGAAAGCUGGAUAAGGUUUGUUGUGAAUUCCUCGAUCGGUAA